AUUGGAACCGUGUCGAUGUUUGCGAGAGAGUAGUUCUAAACAGUGGAGUACAACAUUCUCAAUUGUCCCACCGUUGUUGCUGUGGGCAACGUCUUGUUUGUUAUUCUGCCAUGAGCUCAAUAUUACGUUUGCCACAAUGAUAUCGGCAAAGGAUAUCAAAAAACUGGAAACCGAAUGUCUCGACAAAAUCCAAGGGGACGAGCUGUACCAUAUUCGGAACGAUGCCAAACUGAGAGCGGUUUACGCGGCAAAAAACUAUGACGAAUUCCGGGACAUUGUCGAUGCUGCCCAUUUGAAUCCACUUAGCUCACAGGACAAGCGAAAUCCCAAAACUAAACAACGCCUGUGGAAUUCAGUGUCGAAAACAUAAUGUAGUAGUGAUAAUUAUAAUAAAACUGAUUCAUUGAAUCAAUUGAUAACGCUUGUGAUAAGCGCAUUCAGUCA